GUUUCAAAAAUGCACGUACACACGUAGGCUCGCUACGAGCAAUAAUAUUAAGAAGAGUAGAAUUAGGGUUCUUUUUAUUAACCGUAGAGUGAUGAAUUUUACUUCUAAAUGUUUAAGAAAAAAACUCGUGAUUGCUAAAGUAGAUUAGUCGUGGCAAUAUUUUGAAAAUGAUAAGGUUUUUCAGUAGUUUAUUCUUGUUAUCAGUUUUCUGUAGUGCGCUUGCGCAGGAGCUGGUGCCAAAGGAGCAAAAUGAACCAGUCAACGGUAAGAACCCUCGGGAGCGGGAACCAUUCAAAAAUCCGGAUUUGGAGAUCUUUAAAAAAUUAUUCGUGAAACGAAGAAAAGAACAUAUGGAGGCAAUUAAAGGUCUCCUCAAAAUGGAAAGUUAUGAACGCCGAUAUAAAAUGAUAUCAGUUAUGACCGAAAAAGUAUACAACGUUAUUGAAACAAAAAAGCAUGUUUUGGAAAAAGCAGGGUUUGUUCCAAAUAAUAUUUCCUUUCCAAAGGAAACAGAAAUCAAAGAUGCUCUUUCGAGUAUUCUCGAAAACACAGCCCUUUUCGGAGACAUAGUUCUACAUAUUCCGGACAUCAUGCACAGAAUUUUGAAGCAACAACCUAUGUGGCAUUCGAUAAUGAGAUGGUCUUUUAGUUUUGUGAGUCAAAUGAGACACCUUUUGGAUAAAUCAACAUUCACGAUGCUCCACUUGGCGGAGCAGGAGCUUCAAUUUGUUCCUCGGGAUCCAAACUACGUCAAUCCGUAUUGGACGAAUCCAUCUGAAGAGGCAAAUAACAAAAAGGCGACCUUCAAGAAAGAAAAACGAAAAAAGGAACCGAGAAUCACGAGAAUUGAAUUGUAAAUAGUGUUAAGUCCAUUCCCCGGAUGUCUAAUUAUAACUGAAAUUUAGAGGAAAAGAGAGAAAACACAUUUAAAAUUAAAAAGUUUUUAAUUAAAUUUUGGUUUAAAUUUAUCGAUUUGGAAUUUUUAUAAUUUUAGUGAUAUUUAGAAUUUGAACUUACGAAUAAAAACCUUUUAAUUAAAAAGCCUUCGAGCGAGAAUACUGAACUAAUUUCUAAAUUCAAAAUUAAUGGUCUGAAAAUACCAUAUUUACAUAAAAAUGCUCAAAUGUUCGUAAGUCGAUAUUUUAAUUUCACUCACUGUCCAUUUAAUAUUGUAUGAUAUAUCCUAUAGUCUGAUACUAUUUCUACGUUUUUACUAUUUCACAAUCAAAUAUCUGCGAUUCGUCAAGUGUUUAGAAAUUGUAGACACAAUAAUUUUUUAAUAUUUAAUUUUAAGCUAAAGUCGUGUGAGACUUCGUAAAUUUUUUCCGUUUGCAGGCGCGAAAUACUUUCAAAUUGGUAUCAUGUGUUACGAAAUUUGACAGGCUUUCUCAAAUGCCAGAAAAAUAACCAAAAUAUUGAUAACAGUAUAUUGCGCUACAGUGCGGAAAGUA